AUGUAUGAUGAUGAUGAUGAUGAUGAUGAUGAUGAUGAUGAUGAUGAUGAUGAUGAUGAUGAUGAUGAUGAUGAUGAUGAUGAUGAUGAUGAUGAUGAUGAUGAUGAUGAUGAUGAUGAUGAUGAUGAUGAUGAUGAUGAUGAUGAUGAUGAUGAUGAUGAUGAUGAUGAUGAUGAUGAUGAUGAUGAUGAUGAUGAUGAUGAUGAUGAUGAUGAUGAUGAUGAUGAUGAUGAUGAUGAUGAUGAUGAUGAUGAUGAUGAUGAUGAUGAUGAUGAUGAUGAUGAUGAUGAUGAUGAUGAUGAUGAUGAUGAUGAUGAUGAUGAUGAUGAUGAUGAUGAUGAUGAUGAUGAUGAUGAUGAUGAUGAUGAUGAUGAUGAUGAUGAUGAUGAUGAUGAUGAUGAUGAUGAUGAUGAUGAUGAUGAUGAUGAUGAUGAUGAUGAUGAUGAUGAUGAUGAUGAUGAUGAUGAUGAUGAUGAUGAUGAUGAUGAUGAUGAUGAUGAUGAUGAUGAUGAUGAUGAUGAUGAUGAUGAUGAUGAUGAUGAUGAUGAUGAUGAUGAUGAUGAUGAUGAUGAUGAUGAUGAUGAUGAUGAUGAUGAUGAUGAUGAUGAUGAUGAUGAUGAUGAUGAUGAUGAUGAUGAUGAUGAUGAUGAUGAUGAUGAUGAUGAUGAUGAUGAUGAUGAUGAUGAUGAUGAUGAUGAUGAUGAUGAUGAUGAUGAUGAUGAUGAUUAA